UGAAAAGCCAAAGCAAAACAAACCUACAGCGAAGCUGCAUUCGUUUUCCCGCGACUCUGAUUCCCAUUCUUUGCGCAUGAACAGCUAAUGGCGGAGGCUUACGCGGAGUUUCUAUCGUUUGAUUGGGGAGAUGAGCGCUGGCGAGCAUAUUUGAAUGGUCUUUAUCCACCGCCCAAUCAGGAACAAAUUGCAAAGUUCAAAAAGAAGUGGUACAAGAAGAACAUCGACGUGAGUUUUGAUGAAAGCUACGAGCCUGCUCAAUCUUGGGAGUCGUGUACAGCCCAGCCGCCCCAAGAAUAUGGACCCUUACCAAAGGGUAUCUACCAUGAUGGCUCCAGGUGGAGCGCUAUAGGCCAGAAGGCUACCAUUUGCUUUGCUGCUUAUUGCGUAGCUUUGGUGAUGGCUGUGGGCAGCUGGGCAGGCGUAUUUCCGCCAUACCAGGUCACUGUCAUUAUGGUGGUUGCGUUCAUCCUCGAAAUAGUUGCGAAGUUUGGCGUGAAAUUUUCAAAAAAGUAUAUGCACAACGUGCUGGUGGAUGAUGUCGGAACGAUGCCAAUCAUGGCGGCCACGUUGAUGAUGCCGGGGCUCCAUACAAAGGUGCGGCUGUUGGCUGUAUUGCCGAUGUUUCUCACUGCUCUCCUUAGUUUCGGGCAAAUUUGCAAGUUCCACAAGCAGUUGCCUGAUUUUGUCAGAGAUUUUUGGUCCCCGCUGGCGACGGCCAAAGCGCGCAAGCAGGUGAUGCGAGCGCGAGCCGAUGUAGAGGUUGCGUUGGGCCUCAUAAUGGUGGUGGGAGCUUUGUUUAUGCUGUGCGCGCCCAUCACUGUAAUUCUAUUUUGGAAUUUUAUGAUGAUGAGGUAUAUGAUGAGCUCAUGGACGCAGGACUCUUUUCAGAGGAUCGACCACUGCUUGAGCCCGGUGCUGAUGAGAGUGCCAGGCGUGAAGCAAGGUUACCAGGCGGUCAAGGCCUGGCUCUACAGCUAUGUCGACCCAGAGUCGAAGAGCGCUGGCAAGCUGUGCUCUAUUCUCUGAAUUUGGUCAGCUUCACUUCGGAGCCGCAGUCAAGCUGUGGCUGCAUUUGAUCGCAUGGGCGAAAAUGCCUUUGCUCUUGCUGAAUUUGACUUGAGAAUGAUCUAGCUGUCGUGUGCACAGCUCCACUUCUUUGCAAAGCCAAAGGCAAGCUUUGCACGCUUUCAAGAAAUGGUCGAAAA